AUGAAGACACUUUUUGUCCUUUUUAUUCUCAUUCUCUGUGUUUUCGCGAUCAACGCUAAUCAACAAGAAGAGAUCAAUCAAGAGAGCACACAACAGACUCAUCAAAAUCUGCUCUACAAAGUCCAAAAAUGGAGAACAUCUUUGAAAGAUUCAAGUGAUGCAGAACUCAAGUUAUCUCCAGCACUCGUUGUGGCUGGAGUCUUAUGCUUCACGGCUGCUUUGAUUUCGAGCGCAAGUGGGAUAGACUUGAAAGCAGCUUCAAGCUUCUCUGCUUUUAUGGUAACCGGUGGAUCUAUAGCGAAUCUAAUCAACAAUCACUUUGGCUGUAAAAAAUUGAUUGAUUACGACUUAGCCUUGCUUCUUGAGCCUUGUAUGCUUCUAGGAGUAAGUGUUGGUGUUAUCUGCAACAAAGUUUUUCCUGAGUGGCUCAUCACUGGUCUUUUCGUGGUGUUCCUCAUGUGGUCUUCCAUGGAGACUUGUGAAAAUGGACAUACUUCUUGGAAAUUGAGUCUGAUAUUGCGCGAGAAAGAGGACAUGAGAGACUCGAGACUGGCCGAGGUGAAACGGAGGAGGACAAUAAUAUUCUUCAAGCACCUUUACUUGAAGAUCAAGAAAACAGAAACAAAGCAAAGCUUCCUUGGAAGAAACUUGGGAAUCAUAUCGAUAAAGCCUUGCAGUGUGGAGUAUUGGAUUCUACUGUCACUUCAGAUACCUCUUGCCUUAGUUUUCACAAUUUUGGCUCUCUCUAGAACCGAAAGUCUCCAAGAACAAUCCAUAAGCAAUCAAGAAGCCGGCUUAUUAGGCGGUAUAUUCGGUAUUGGAGGUGGAAUGAUUAUAAGCCCUCUUCUUCUUCGAGCUGGGAUACCACCACAGGUAACAGCAGCAACUACUUCAUUCAUGGUGUUCUUCUCUGCAACAAUGUCUGGCGUUCAGUAUUUACUACUAGGAAUGCAGAACACAGAAGCAGCUUAUGUGUUUUCUGUGAUUUGCUUCUUUGCUUCAACUCUCGGACUUGUUUUUGCUCAGAAAGUUGUACCUCACUUUAGAAGAGCUUCCAUUAUAGUGUUCUUGGUCGGGACAAUGAUGUAUCUGACGACAAUCGUUAUGGCUUCCUUUGGAAUUCUUGUGUUCUAUAUAGAUAAUGAUGCAGGAAAAGACAUUGGUUUCCAACUGCCAUGUUAA